AUGCUGUUACUUACUCGAGUUCAUGAAAACAGGCAAUCCAACGACGAGGCGGCAAGCGAAUCCUUAGACAUGAAUCAUCAUGUUCUUUCCAUGGCAAUAGGAGACAAGCUUUUCAUGGCUCCUUUGAAGAAAGAAAACAUCAAAAAAGCUCUAGAUAUAGGUACCGGUACAGGGAUAUGGGCUAUCGAUUUCGCCGACGAGUUUCCCGAUGCUCAGGUCAUUGGCACAGAUAUUUCUCCCAUUCAGCCAACUUGGGUCCCUCCCAACCUGCAGUUCGAAAUUGAAGACUGCACACAAGAAUGGACGUUCCGCAACGAAGACUUCGACUACGUCCACAUGCGCUGGCUCCUCGGCAGUAUCCAGGACUGGGACGCUCUCCUACAACAAGCAUACCGAGUAUUGAAACCAGGAGGCUGGGUUGAAAGCUUGGAGACUUCAGCCAUUGUGAGGAGUGAUGACGGUAGCGUUACUGAGACGUCAGCGCUGGGCCAAUGGGGAAAGUUCUUUCUCAAUGGAGGCAAGAAGAUUGGAAGGUCAUUUACGGUAAUUGAGGAUGAGACACAGAGGAAGUCGAUUGAGGCAGCUGGCUUUGUCGAUAUUCAGGAAUUCAACUUCAAGAUGCCGAUAGGAGGCUGGCCCAAGGACCCCAAGCUGAAGGAGCUUGGACAAUUUGCCCAGAUGGUUCUCGAAAGAGAUGUGGAAGGCUACAUCGUCUUCAUGGCCAACACUCUCGGAUGGACGCGGGAAGAGAUUCUGGUUUACAUUGGCAUGCUGCGGCGAGAAGUCCGAUCCAAGAACUUCCACCCAUACUACAAUCAAAAGGUGGUCUGGGCGAGGAAGCCACUGGAUGGAGAGACGAAAUGAAG